GUUCAGUGUUCCAACAGUAAAGUUAACCAUUAACAGGAGAUCCAAGAUGUUUAAGAUCAUCGUUCUGGUUGCCUGUCUGGCUGUCGUUGCUUCUGCCCAAUUUUUCGGAGGAGAUCAAGGCCAUCAUGAAGAUUACCAUACUUAUCCCAAGUAUAAGUAUGAAUACGGUGUAAAGGAUUACAAAACCAAGGACCACAAGAGCCAGUGGGAGAGUCGGGAUGGAGACCUCGUCAAGGGACAGUACACGCUUGACGAAGCCGAUGGAACACACCGCAUUGUAGAGUACACUUCUGACCACAAGACUGGUUUCCAGCCCCAUGUUCUGCGUGAGGGACACGCCCACCACCCGCACGGAGAGAGCUAUGCCAAUAUCGAACAGCACUAUUGAAAAAUGGAUCGCUAUAAGCUAAGUUGCACCAGAGACGCUGCUAAUGUUCCUUCUGCUAAUCGAAAAUUUUUGCACCCAGAACCAUUUUAUUUUCCUAAUGCUUGUUUUA